AUGAUUACCUGUAUCGUUGUCUCAGUGGCCUCUUUUGUCUCUGUCGUCGACGUGAAGCCCAACGCCAGCAUCCCCACUGCAUUUACCAAAAUUCACCAGGGUGGCAAGCCUACCCCCAAGCCCAAGGGCAAGAAGACUUCCUCUGCCUCAAAACACUUCAAGCACCACCAUGCCGUCAAGGCUUCUCGUACCUCUCUCCCCACCCCCGCCUAUAAGGCUCACCACUACAAGGGUUCUGCCAAGGUGACCCUCACCCCAGUCCCCCAAAAGUGGACUGCCGGUCACCUUGAUGGCACCACCAAGGUGCUCCUGCACCGCACCCCAGCGGAAGAGGUUACUCUCUUCCUCACCCCCACCUCUACCGCCCCCAAGGCCAACUACAAGGGUACCCACCUCGGUUGUACUCGCGUCCGUCUCACCCCCUCCCAGUGGGCUGCCUCUCAUCUCGGCGGCUCCAAGGUCCGCGUCUCCCUCGCUCCCGUCCCAGGAGUCUGCCCCCAGGUCAUCUCCCAGGUGGUGCCAACCAUUUUCUUCGCCCCUCCCGCUCCUCCCGCAACCGUUGACUGGACCGCCGGCCACCUCGGCGGUACCAAGAUGCUGCUUCAGCGCUCCAGGGUCAACGCUUGGGAGAAGAUGGACGAGAAGACUAUCGCCGCUGUUACGCAGGCCCCGGAGCGAUGGGCUGCGUCCCAUGUCGGCGGUAGUAGGCUUCGCCUCUCCCGCACUGCUCUUUGA